GUUGUACAUAAAAAAUUUGGAUAUUUACUUGCUUGGAUGCUUAUUUUUGACCACUUUAAUCAUUCUACACCAAAUUUCAAAUCACAGCUUAUCUCAUGCAUUAAAGAGAUGGAUAUUAGCUCAAAACUCUUCUACCAAAUAUUUGAAACACUAGGUCAUGUGGGACAAACAAAGUCUUACAAUUUGUCAAAAUGGGAUGUUAGAGAAUUCUAUAUUGAAGCUUUUGAACUUCAAUAUAGUGCUGUAUUAGGUUUUCCUUUGCUUUGCGCACACUUAUACUAUCGAUCCCUUAGACAUAUUCCUUCAGUUGUGAGAACAUGGUGGUCAGACCUUAGUAAAAAACGUCAAUUGAGUAUCAGUGUCGAUAGCUACACAGAGAAAUAUUUUAGUCCAAUAAUAAUCCAAGACCAACUUGAUAUGCUUCAAAGUGAAGAU